AUGGCACCUAGAAAAAACAAAGCCUUAGAAGUUUAUAUAGCUGUUACGAGAAACAAAGUACCAGUUACAAGAAACAAGACACCUAUUAAAACUCAAGCAAAAAAAACUAUAGGUUCAGCUUCUAAGGUAUCGACUUUGCCCUCAAGAAAGAGACAAGAAAAUAAAAAAUCAGCGAAUAAAAGAAUUGAAAAUUAUAGUGACGAAGAUGAGGAAGAUAGGGAAGAUAGGGAAGAUGGGGAAGAUGAGAUAGGAGAAUAUGAACAAUGCUUAGAUGAAUUAGAGGAAGAUAAUAUAGGUUCAGCUUCUAAAGCAUCAGCUUUGCCCUUGAGAAGGCAAAAUAGUCCAAAAUCAAUGAAUGUACAAGAUCAAAAAAUUAGAAACAAAGUUACCAAAAUUUAUAGUGACGAUGAUGAACACCGCUUAGAGAAUAAUUAUGAAGAAUUUGCCAAAAAUUCAGCAAGUAAGGUUUCACGCGCGAAUACCUAUACAUCACGUACGGUAACAAUGGAUUCACAUGCGACAACAGGAAAUUCUAUGGCAAUGCCAAUGUGUAGAAAUAAGGUUUCGCAUAUGACAGCAGUGACUUCAGCAGCAAUACCAACGAACAUGAAUAAGGAUACCGAAACUCAAAUUACAAAGUUUUUUGAUGCAUCAAAUGAAUUUGAAAUCGCGUUGUGGAUUGCUAACCAUCCAAAAAUUCUGAAUUUAGCUAUGAUUAUUCAACGUGCCCAAGUAACGAAUAUUGACGAUAGUUAUAAGACAUUAUUGGAUAAUGAUAAUAUGUCGAAUAAUUUACCUUCAAACAUUUCCAUUUCAGAAAUAGACCAUAUUCUGAAAACUGAUGUUCGUAUGAAGACAUUGAUUAGAGAUGUCGGUACCUGGUAUGAUGGUUACCAAUAUAACUUUCAUCGUUAUAUCUUAGGUCUUGCAAAUCAAUACUCCCAACUUCAUGAAGGGGAAGAACUAGUAGAUAGCGAGUUAUCCGAAUUUGUAGGUGUAAAUGUAUGGUGUCAAAUACUUCAAUUGCACUUGAAGUGCACUGAUAUGGUGGAAAUGGCGAAGCAUCCAGAAAUAUUCACAAAGCUUGGUAUUUUCGUGUGCCAAGCUCUUAAGGCAGUUCUUAUUGCAGGAAAUAAUUAUCAAAGUACGUCAGCUGCAAUCAGAGAUUGCGAUGAAUAUACAAUAGAUCUGAAAAUUCCAACUAGACUCGGCGUCGUGAAAUCAUUGCCAGUUAGAGAACUUUUGAAUUUAUAA